AUGGAUGUGGAGACGUACUUCCCUGCCAACAUAUCCGCAGUCCCAAACGAUGAAAACGAAGAGACUGUGACGACGGCGACAAGUGACGAGGAGGUCGGUGUCUUUUUCGUCUUUCUUUUUCUUCAGCAUGCAGUUUAUCUGGUCAAUAUAAAUCAACAUAAAUUUGAAUGAAGAAUGAAACUCAAGCUUUUGAAGUGCAUUUUUCAGAGAGGAACUAUCGGUUCGGCCGGCAGACGACUGAUGACCGCUCGGCAAAAACGGUUCGAUCCGCCGCUCCUGUCUACCAUUCUGGAGGUUCCGUCGACGGUAAGUGACGUCAUCCUAAUCCCCCGGCCAGUUCAUCGAAUCGAGGUCAGCGAUUACUUGUUUCGAUUUUUCACAAAACAUUCCCUGAAAUCUGUAAUCCUAUUCUAUUUCCAGUUUAAUUUUUCUUACUAGCUAAUCCGAGCAAAUCUCGGCUAUAAUCCACUGUGACAGCGCUCUGCUCUUUCUUUCCGGCGUCGCUUCUCUCCUAUGUUUACUCCCUUUUCUACUGGCUUUGCCAUAUAUCCUCACAAGUUCCACUUAACCGAAACUAAUCAUCGGCCCCUGUUUAGCUUCCCCGCAUGUUUGCUUCUAUAAAAAGUGAAGGGGAAAACGAGCCGAUGCGUUCCUUUUCGGCCUAUUCAACCAGAAAAUGUAUUCAAACGACUUUUCAUUCUUUUCAAUUCGAUUCCUCUCAUAUUUCCAUGUUUUCAGACGAGUAUCCUGCCCGCCGAUACUUCCAUUCUGUGUCUUCUUUGCCUUCGAAAGAUCAGCGGAGCCAUUCCGAACUUUGUGAAGCCGUGCCAAUGUUUGUUGUAAGUUUGCCGAAUAGCCUGAGGCAAACGUGAUGUCUCGUGAUAAUUUCUCGUCUGAAGUACACUAACUGAUCGUUAUCUUCUCGAAAAACCGGAUUCAAGUCCCGUUUCAGGGUGUUCGUCCACACAACCUGCGCCAUUGACAACGACUCGUUCUUCGGCGGCACUUGCACUCAGUGCCACACCAAAUAUCGGCCAGAGCAAGUACUCCGUGGCCCCGUAAAUCCCACUAAGCCGCUCUUUUCAGUCCAUUCCCCGCCAAUCCCUGUCCCCGACGAAGAGCUCGACAAAGAAGAUGUCAGCCACGAAAAAACCGCCACCGUCCGACGAUUCCACGUGUGUUCUGUGCCACAAUCAGAAGUAUCGCAAUCCGGACUGGCCACAGAAGUGCGAUGCCAAGCUGAUUCGUCCGUGUUUCUGCGGAUUUCUGGCUCAUCACGGCUGUAUGAUCGAGCUUCUCAAGGCCGAAAAGGCGUGCCAGUGGUGCGGAGUCAAGUACCGUUACUUCAAGUACGGCUCGUUCGGAGACUUCUGCCGGCGCUACUCCAUCCAGCACGUGUGCUACGUCCUCCUCUUCGCGUUCCUCCUCUUCUUCUUCGUGCUCGCGUUCCGUGGAUCCGUCAUCUUCCGACCCGCUGUUUCGUUCACCCCAAUCAGUGAGUCCUCUCUCAUUCUUUCUCCGAAUCUCUCUUUUCAGCGCUCACUGUUCUCGCCGUCUUCUUCCUGGUCAUAUUCGUUGGCGCAUGCCUUUUCACUAUCAAGCACACCGUCAAGACGCGUCUUCCUCGAUUCAGAAUCCGGUACGGAAAAGUGACAGUGGUUCCGUACGAUCCGGAUGUUCGAUCGAAAAAAGAGGCACUGAAGUCGUUGAACGCCGCGAGGAGCUAUCCGAUCGAUGAAUUCGACGUGCCACUGAAUCCAGUCGCAGAUGUCGAGAACGUCGAAUCUGUACGCGUUUUCUGUUGUUCCUUUUAAGAACAGUUUUUUUUAGAACGUGGAAGGAACGAGAACGGAUCCGUCUGACCUUUCCCUCGGCCAACACAUGUUCGGGAUAGCGGCCAAUUCCAGAAUGUGCUCCUCAACUCCAGUGAUUCAGAAGCCGAAAAAAACUGUAUUCGAUUCGAGCGAGGCAUAA